UAGAGGGUUUUACCGUUUCAGCUCACUAAAUAGAGAUAAAAGGGUUCUGCUCGCUACCCAUCCCCCCAAUUCCCUGAAUUAAUUGCCACUAUGGAUUCUUCCUAUUCAUCAUCCUCCAUUGCUCGGCAAACGUGGGAGCUCGAGAACAACAUCGUCUCGAUGGAGGCGGCACCCCUAGAAGCAGCGACGUCGACAUCGUCGUCACCACCCUCGUCAACCGCCUCUGACCCCUCGUCGGACGUGAUUUUCUACUACGACGAGGCUGCACAGGCCAAGUUUCAGCAGGAGAGGCCGUGGGUUCACGACCCUCACUACUUUAAGCGGGUGAAGAUCUCUGUUCUUGCCCUUCUCAAAAUGGUUGUCCACGCACGCUCCGGCGGCACUAUUGAGGUCAUGGGACUUAUGCAGGGCAAGACCGACGGCGACGCUAUUAUUGUUAUGGACGCUUUUGCCCUCCCCGUUGAGGGCACAGAAACUCGUGUCAAUGCCCAGGCCGAUGCCUAUGAGUACAUGGUCGAUUAUUCGCAGACCAACAAGCAGGCUGGCAGACUGGAGAAUGUUGUUGGGUGGUAUCAUUCCCAUCCUGGUUAUGGAUGCUGGCUUUCUGGUAUUAUGUUUCGACACAAAUGCUUAACCAGCAAUAUCAGGAGCCUUUCUUGGCAGUCGUUAUUGAUCCUACAAGGACAGUGUCUGCUGGAAAAGUGGAAAUCGGUGCAUUCAGGACCUACCCAGAAGGAUAUAAGCCUCCAGAUGAGCCUGUUUCUGAGUAUCAAACCAUCCCCUUGAACAAAAUUGAAGACUUUGGUGUACAUUGUAAACAGUAUUAUGCAUUAGAUAUCACAUACUUUAAAUCCUCCCUGAUUGCCAUCUCUUGGAUCUACUAUGGAACAAGUAUUGGGUCAACACGCUCUCU